AAAUGAAAUAAACAAAGUGAAUUUAAUGUCGGAAAAAUGGGGAAAAUAGUAUUGGUUGAUUAUUACAAUGACGAAAAUCUUUGUCUAAUUGAAAAUACAAUUUCUUUUGAGAUUAUCACAUGGAAAGGUGAUUAUAUAUUAUAUGUAUUCGGGAGAGAAAUUCUUGGGGGAAAUCUCUUGGAAGAUUUGGAUAAACAAUAAAAAAUUUUAAUUUUUUUUUUCAUCAUCAUAUUUUGGGGAAUAGAAUGUAUUAAAAAUGACAAUACUUGGG